GUCAGUGACGUGCGGAUAGAAAGCGGGACCUGCCCUCCCGUCGCCAUUUUUCGGUCUCGUACUCGCACUUGUGGUGGCUCGGGUGAGGGGGGGGACGAGCAGAAAGAGGGGAAAGUAGAAAAUAUAGAGCCGUCGGGCCGGGAUCCCUCGUGAGCGCCGUGGAAUGCACGCGAGAGCUGCGACAGAACGUGCCGCCACCUGAGAUGCACGCGCAGGAGACGAGCCGCUGCCGUGAAACCGUUCUGUGUGUGAAGACGUGUUGCGGGCCGCCAUUUUUCUGCUGUGCUGCCUCAAAAGUCUGCUCCGAGUCGAGACAGGGGAUUCAAAAACCCAUUUCCAUGACGUGUGCCUUAUCGUGAGAUCAACGAGAUACGAACUCAAUCAUUUCGUUUCCGAACCCGCGGCUGCCGGCGACAUUCCUUUCUUUUCUUUUUGUCUCUUUUUUUUUUGUUUAAAAACAGACAUGAGGAUUUAAACAGACGAAAAAGCUAAGGCCACCUUUUCCGUUCUCACAACUGACACUGAUUGGAAGGAGGUGAAUUAUUAGAAGAGAAGCCUGCUGUUUUCUCGGAAGGCGGAACGAAAAAGGGAAGCUUCAUUGAUCAUUUGUUGCUUCGGCCCCUCCGUCGAUGUUUCUCUGUCGUAAGUUUUUAUUUUUGUCUCUCUCGGCCGCUCAGACGAUCACUUGGCCGUUGGCUGCUCAACACAGGAACCACAUUAUGCUCCAAAGUUGGAUCCAGCCAGUCGCAGCCUGUCUCUGAGCACGUCAGGUUGUUUUUGUUUUUCGGUUGUUUCUUUUUUUUCCUCUCUCUCUCUGCUAACCCGAAGUCUCUGGAGCCUGCUGCGUUUUUGAGCAAACCCUCUCGGGGCGACGAACGCCCUGCCCUGCAUCCUCCAGAGCCUCCAGUCUGCUGUGAUUGGCCGACGCGUACACGUUUUUUUUUUUUAACUUAUUGUCUAGUCUGUUUUGUAAUUUCCCCUUCCCUCGUCUCUUUAGACUCAUUAACUUAUUUUUAUUUGACCAGAAAUGUCCACUGCUCGGUUUGACUCAGCUGACCGGUCCGCCUGGUAUUUUGGACCCGUGUCACGGCAAGAGGCGCAGAAUAGGUUACAAGGACAGAGACAUGGCAUGUUUCUGGUUCGAGACUCGUCGACCUGCCCCGGCGACUACGUGCUGUCAGUGUCGGAAAACUCCAAAGUGUCUCACUAUAUCAUCAACUCGUUGCCCAGCAAGAGGUUUAAGAUAGGCGACCAGGAGUUCGACCACCUCCCUGCUCUCCUGGAGUUCUACAAAAUCCACUACCUGGACACGACCACGCUGAUAGAGCCAGCCCCCAGGUACCCAAGCAGCACAGUGAGUUGCCCCAUCCAGCCCAUGGGCGGCCCAGAGGAGAACCUGGAGUAUGUGCGGACUCUAUACGACUUCACCGGCAGCGAUGCAGAGGACCUUCCCUUCAAGAAGGGAGAGAUACUCAUCAUCCUGGAGAAGCCAGAAGAGCAGUGGUGGAGCGCCAAGAGUAAAGAGGGGCGUGUCGGAAUGAUCCCCGUGCCCUACGUGGAGAAAUUGGUACGACCUUCGCCUCACCCCGGCCAGCCUUCCCAUGGAUCACGCAACUCCAACAGUUAUGGGAUCCCCGAGCCCUCCCACGCCCUCGUUCACGCCUACGCCCAGCCACAGACACCUUCGCCGCUGCCCCCUGGCACACCUGGAGCAGUCAUCACCCCUUUACCGUCCAUGCAGAACGGCCCUGUCAUGGCGAAGGCCAUCCAAAAACGGGUGCCGUGUGCCUAUGACAAAACAGCUCUUGCUCUAGAGGUUGGCGACAUUGUCAAGGUUACGCGGAUGAACAUCAACGGUCAGUGGGAGGGAGAGGUGAACGGACGGAGGGGUCUCUUCCCAUUCACGCAUGUCAAAAUCAUAGACCCCCAGAAUCCGGACGAGAGUGACUGACCUCACAGUUCGACUGGACCCUCUCGCCAGUAUCGACCUGCACCUGAGUGCGCUGGCUGUCUCCACCAUUAUUCCCGCCAGCUUCACCGGGUCGGUUACGUGCUUGCCUGCUUUGGGGCUGUACAAUGAUAGCGACCCCUCUGUUGUUGCCAACCGUUGCAAGGCUUUCUGACUGUUUACAGCUUUGGACAUUGGAUCCAAACUAAAACCUGAUCCCACUUCUCCCAGUUCCCUUUCCCAUGUCUUGGUUCCAGGCUGGGCAGUGUUUUUUUUUUUGUUUUGUAUUUUUUUUUUUGCAUUAGUGUCCUUUUCAUUUCCAGAUCACUGGGCAUCAGUGUGAGUGUGUAUGUGUGUGUAUGUAUAAGUGCAUGUGUGUGUAUGUGUGUGUUCACAAUAGAUAUUUACCACAUUACAUGAUGGCAGGUCUUUUUUUUUAAUUUUAUUUGAUUCUCUGAAUAUUUGUCAUGUUUGAAGUCUUGGGGACUUUAGAACGUGUUGGUGUGUGUUUGUUUCGUUGAUGUGAGGAUAUUUGUGCGAUGUAGGGAGAAGCAAUUUCCCUAUGGACUGUGGAGAGCACUGAGGCAAUGAGGAGCUAACCAGCCAGUCAAAUGUUAUUUCUCCAAACAAUCAAGUCACUGUUGUACCUUAACCAUCACACACACAAGCACACGGAUGUACACAUACACUUGUUGGCCAUGAUGUUUUCAGGUCAACGGGUUUGUGCUGUGUGUGCGAUGUGUGACUGGAGUCAGAGAUUGGUUUGUGGAGGAUCUAGCUCAAGUCUGGCUGACGAGACUUAUUUAUCUUAUGUUAAUUAAGACACGACACGGCCAUGUGAUUUCAUCUUUCUCUUAUUUGUGCCACAUGAUCAAUAGGUUGUUUUUUAUUUUUAUUUGUUACAUGGAGAAGAUGUAUGGUUGAGUGCUAACUUUGCAUGUCCACUUGGUACCUCUUUACUGUCCAUCAUAUUAUUUCAAAUUAAAAAGGACAUUGCUUAGAGAUUAGCAGGUUUUUUUUUUUUUUAGUGCCGACAGCGCCAAGCACAAGAAGAUAUGGUCAAUUUUCUGCAUAGGAGUGCAACGCUUAGAAACAGGUCAAAUAGCAAGGGCAGCAGCCCUGGGCAGCACUUCCCACGAGCAUCUUGACUACAAGGCUAGCUUAAAACGCAGUGUGGGCACGAGGACAGAACACCUCCCACUGAGGUGAGAAACUUUACUCUAAGAACCCAUUUCCACUAACAUGGAACUGUUUGGAGUAUUUUGACAAAAAUGAAAUGGUUUGGAACUUGAAAGUUUGGUCCCUAUCAGGAAUCAAAAAAGUAGCUUGUUUUUUUUCCCGACCUGGAGUGCGAACCGAAGUGGGCCUGUCAUAUUCUACAGAUGUUCUGCAUCGUGCAACAUCCACGUUGAUGAGGCAUCCUUGAUUGCAGCGAUAAAAUUGGUGGGUGCUGAGCUGGUUCGUUUGAUAGCACCAAGGUCUCAAGAAUCUUGGAACGGAAGCGGUUCAAGAAACCAGGGGCCUCAUUUUAUAAAAACCUUCUUAAAAUUCAUACUGCCACCUUUUGAUCCAUAAAUCUCAAAUUGGCUCAAACUGACACCGUUGGUCUCAGCUCUUUGGCAGACCAUAUCCAGACGAUGGUUGAAGAGCCAAUUAAUCUUAUUUGGUGGACUGAAUAGUUGGUUGACAAAACAAAGCCAAAGGUAGCUUGGUCAUGUUUCGCUGUUGCAGAUUGUUCAUAACUCUCGUACAGAGUUCCCCAGAAGCUCGGAUGCAUCUGCAUCCCAACCUGCAACAGCUCUACAUAACCAGCAGGACUUUGCUUAGAGAUAAGAUCAUUUCCACGUCCAAGUAAAGUUUUAUAAUUAGCUAUUUAUACUUGGCUUAAGUAAUUCUUCACAUCAGAAUUGAUCAUAAGUUUAUUUUAUAAAUGGGGCCCCUGAGCUACUUUGUUAAAAAAGGGUAUCAGUGUCUUUGGUCUUGGGAAGAGAAACUGUCUCUGCAAGCAAAUGAGAUCCCGUCAACGCCUUUUUGUCAGAGAGUAAGAUAAAUGCAUCUGUUGGCGCAUGCAAUCCCCUCUCUAACCUCGUUUUUAAUGUGAUGUUACACUCGUCGAUUUAGGAUUUCAGCCAGCUUUAUUCCUUUAAUGUUUGAUCUGUGCACAAGUUGUGUCUCUGUUUUUAUGCAAACUGACCCUAUCAGAGUAGUGGAAAGCAUCUUGUGCUGCAACCAAUUCCUUUUGAUCAGCAGUAGCCGAGGAUUAAACCGUGUGUUUGAACAGUGCCGACCUCUAGAUUUCUGCUGUAAUAAUGAACUGUUUCACCUCCCAUCUCUCCCAGUGCUUUCCAUUCAAAUCAUUGCUCAGCCGCUCACUCAGAGAGACAUUGUGCCGCCUUUUGUUGUAUCCCAGUCGGGUUUUUUUUUUUUUUUUGUUAGGUUAUAGUCAGCUUUUAAAUCAAGCAUUUUGUUCAAAUGAGCGAUGUACCUACGGUGACAUUUACAAAAGGGAAAAAAUGCCUGCUGGUUGCCUCUGUGCAUGACCUCUUGGCCCGGGAAGAUGGUUCUAACUGGCCAAAUGCUGCUUAAUGUCAUUUGCCCUUAUUAAAUAAAGGUUUCUUAUUUUGAUCCCUCCUGGUCUGUGAAAACAAGCCUGUGUGGGUUUUCCUCAUCAAACUUAAUGGAAUCUACUAAUUAAGCAAUACACCCUGAUCAUUUCCUUUCUUGAGGUGAACUUGCUUUUCUCAUGCUUCUGAGUUGUUUUGUAAUGGCAUUAACAGUAUUACUGUGCUCUUCUCAUAUUCUAGGAAAGCCUGUCUUUUACUUAAGAAUUGAAAAUUGUGCCUUUUAUUUUCUUAUACCAUUUACAUGUGUUAAUAUUUCCCAUGGUUAACACCUGUGCUGGUAUUGACCCUUUAUGUACAGAACAAGUAAAUAAAAUUUACGUCUACUUCUUUAA